ACCUGAGCCUUUGUAUCUGCGAGCUGCAGCAGCUGCUCUGUUAAACGCUCUGUCCACAUCGGUUCUGUUCACAAAUGGCGCGACUUGAAGGCUCCGCACACCCAACUGGAAUUUUCUGGUCUCACUGUGGGAUGUGACUUUCUAACUAUGGGGGAUUGGAACUUGUUAGGUGGCAUCCUAGAGGAAGUUCACUCCCACUCAACUAUAGUGGGGAAAAUCUGGCUGACUAUCCUCUUCAUCUUCCGGAUGUUGGUACUUGGUGUCGCUGCUGAGGAUGUCUGGGAUGAUGAACAGUCCUCCUUUGCCUGCAACACCCAGCAGCCGGGUUGCAACAAUAUCUGCUACGAUGAUGCUUUCCCUAUCUCCUUGAUCAGAUUCUGGGUUUUGCAGAUCAUCUUUGUGUCCUCCCCAUCUCUGGUGUAUAUGGGCCAUGCACUUUAUAGACUCAGGGACUUUGAGAAGCAAAGGCAGAAGAAGAAGUCACACCUUAGGGCCCAGAUGGAGGACCCAGAGCUUGACUUGGAAGAGCAACAAAGGGUAGAGAGGGAGCUGAGGAGACUCGAGGAGCAGAGAAGGAUUCAUAAAGUCCCUCUGAGAGGAUGCCUGCUGCGUACUUACGUCUUACACAUCCUGACCAGAUCUGUGCUAGAAGUAGGGUUCACGAUAGGCCAAUAUAUUCUCUAUGGGUUUCAAAUGCAGCCCCUUUACAAAUGCACCCGACCCCCUUGCCCCAAUGCGGUGGACUGCUUUGUAUCCAGACCUACAGAGAAGACCAUUUUCAUGCUCUUUAUGUACAGCAUUGCUGCCCUCUCUUUGUUACUCAACAUCCUGGAAAUAUUUCAUCUGGGCGUCAGAAAGAUCAUGAGGGCACUUGAUGGCAAGUCCAGCAGUGGGAACACUGAGAAUGAAGCAGGCCUUCCGUUCCAUUCAACCAACUACGUGGGGGCCCAGCCAUGUAUGGUUUGUUCUUCUUUACCCGAAAGAUUCUCACUGCUUUCAGCCAACAAUAAACAGCAAGUCAUCCGAGUCAAUAUACCAAGGUCUAAAAGCAUGUGGCAAAUUCAACACCCCAGGCAACAUGAUGUGGACGUCUCCUGCAGCAAAAGAGACUGGGCGGAGAAAGUUGCAAACAGUGGACAGCUCCACGUCCACAGCCCUUGUCCCAAGGACGACAGCGCCAGAAUUCAGCACCCAGGACAGCAACCAUGCCAUUCCCUCUUUGGUUCAAAGACCGCAGUGUCUCAGUCCUGGUUAGGUACAAUGACAGCUUCUCCCCACUGUCCACCAUCUACAUUAGGAAACUGGGAGCGAUCCCAGGGCCCAGAGGCCUCAGGCAAACCUCUCGCAGAUCUUCAAAGUCACUUCCAAGGCAGCGAUGGCAGUGUGCGAGAGAGUGGGGUCUGGAUAGACAGACUCGGCCCGGGCAGUCGCAAGGCCAGCUUUCUGUCCAGGAUGCUGUCAGAAAAGGGACAACUGCACAGCGACUCAGGAAGCUCAAGGUCUUUGAAUAGCUCCUGCUUGGAUUUUCCACAAAGGGAAAACAGCCCUUCACCUCUCCCAUCAACCACUGGGCACAGAGCAUCCAUGAACAUGCUUCUAGAACUUUCAUCUAUUAUGAAAAAAUAAUGCACCGAAAGCCCUUGCCAUCUACAAAAUGGAAGCUAUGCCUUGGCCAUCUCCAACUGGAAGAACUUCGCACUGCUGGGCAGGGUGUUUGGCUCUGGAGUGACUUCCCAGGCCCAUGUGUUAAAGGCUUGAUCUUGGAGACUGUGAAGCCUUUAAGAGGCCCUCGUGGGAACUCUUAGGUCACCAGAGAUGUGCCCUUGAAGGAAACGUGGGAUUGCAGUCCCUCUCCUUUUCCUUAUGUAUUUAUUUAUUCAUUUAUCUAUAUAUUUAUUCAUUCCUUCAUUCAUUUA